CAGGUAGUAGGGACACGAGGUACCGUCGCCAGUGGACAUGAGGUACUUGCCGCCGCCGUGGAAGAUGGCGACGGUCAGUAUCUUUGGCUCGUGCAUGACGCUGUAGCCACAAAAUGACGGGUCGAUGCUCUGGACCGAGUGCUCCAAUGUCAUGGGGGCCCUCGUGUCCUGGUCGAAUGCGAUGAGGAUGUGCAUGUCACGUACAGUAUGCACGUACGUCGUCGGUCUCGUGGAGCACACUGACUCGGAAGAACUGCGGCAGAUGCGCAUCUUCCGGGUUGAACUUGAUCACGGGCGGAUAAAUCCGCAGCGUAUGCGCAUUAGUCAUGGGCGACACGAUGAUGGGGUGGGUAGGAGGUGUCGUGAACUGGAAAUGCACCGAGUAAAACCCGGACGACCCGCCCUCCACGACCUUGAGCGUAUCCGACGAGUACCUCGCCGUGACGGUGGGUUUAGCCUUUGCCGUGUUCGAUUUGGACACGUAAGACACUGCAGACCCUCGUCGAGGAGUGUUAUAUGCAUUCGGGUUCACAGGCACGAGGACGGAUUGCCGACGUCGGUGUCGGACGGCGCUCAUAAUUGUCCGCUGAACCGGCACGCUCCACCGUUUUCCGGACGGUUACACAGCAAACUUAUGUUGACCGUCCUCUCCAUCAUUAAUGCAGGAUAUACACGCGUGUCAUGCAGCAUCGGAAGAGAGCAACACGAACGACCUGGCCAAGGGCUGCUCUGUGUGACUUCACGACGUUUGGCCAACUUGAAGGGGCCGUUGAUACUAGUACACCGGAUACACUGUACGAGUUUAUCCGAAAGGUUUCCUGGUAUCAGUCAGUUUUGUUGCGAUGAACGAGGAAUACAUCCGAAACGCGGUGAACCAUCGCCUGAUUCCGCUUCCUGUGGACAUGGACGACAUCCAUGCGGAGUACAUGGAGAGACCUCUGGAAGUGGAUCACAUGAGCAUGAGCAAUCUGAAGAAGACGCUGGACGCACUCGCCCUCAAGCACGGGUUUGUGGUCAAGCAAAUGUACCGCACCACGUCCAACGCCAAGUGGGCUUGCCGACCCAAACUCAAAGCGGCGCAACAAGAAGAAGAGCGCACGGACACUGCAUGUACAUUUUCAGUGAACGCAAAUGUGCGCAAGGCUGGCGGCGUCUACAUCACGAGCAUGAACUUGAACCACAACCAUGCCUUGCUCACCGAUGUGGACGACGCCGUGGACUUGUCCUCCAUCGACGCCCAAGUCCAGGAGCUCGAUACAACCCGUGGAGAUGCUGUUCCUCGUAGCAAGCGACCGCAUGACAGUGCUUCUCCAGACGACGCCCAUGGCGGCGGCAAUUCUUCAUCUUCUUCCUCGUGGACACGAAACAUCGUUCGACAUCGUGCCUCGUCCAGUGGGUUCUGGGGAGACGCACGGUGGUACGACCUCCAGCUCACGCGGCGCCUCCCCCUUGUCCCUCGCAUGUUGGAUGAAAUGAUCUUCGCGUUGCCACCGGUGGGCCCUUCGCAUCGUGUGGCCGAUUUGUGCGCUGGAAGCGGCGCCUGCUCCGAGAAGGUCCUCGCGGCGUACCCCGACGUGGAGCUGGUGUUGUUUGACAACGCCAAAGACCGCCUCGACAUGGCCGUCCAGAGAUUGCGGGCUUCCUCCCGCUCGGUCAGCUUUGUCGUCGCGGACCUGAACAAACUGUCCAUCUUGCGCAAGGCGCCUUUCGACGUCAUCGUCGCCUCCUUGGCGGUGCAUGUGCUUGUGGAGCGCCCGCCGCAUUACGAAGCGCCUUCGUCCGCGGGGCCGCAACGCGAUAACGAAGCCGACCACAAGCGCAUCUUCCAGCUCAUGUUCAACUCUCUGCGCCCGAAUGGCCACGUCAUUCUGGGCGACCACGUGGGCCAAGCCGCCUUGUUUGCGCAACUCAAGUGGAUGGAAGAGGUCGGGUUUGUCGAUGUCGACUGUGCGUGGCGCCAGGACGAUUUCUUUGUGAUCGGCGGCCGGCGCCCAUCGUGCCCGUCUUCAAUUUCUGACGGUCAGUUGUUGCUUUGAGGGGCGGGGUCAGCCGUGGUGACACCAUCGUCCCCCUCCUCGUCCCCCUCGGCGGCCACAGUCUGGAGCUGAAACAGCGAGUCGUCGUCGAUGGAGAUGGCCACGCUGUCUGUGGGGUGGCAGCAGCACCGGUAGACGCAGUACACACAGCACAAGGUCGUGGAGAAAACACAAAGCACCAGCAGCACCACGACGGCGAAUGUGAUGGCCAGGAGCGUGUCGGCCGUGGUCGGGAAUGGAUUCCAAGAUGAGGCAGGGAGGCACGAGCAAGUAAACAACCCGACGUCACAAGGCACGUCGAGGGGACAGCAGCAUGCGGAUUGGUUGCCGGGUUGCUGGAGAACUUGCUCGGGGCGGGUAAACACACCACAAAAGACACCUGGUCGUUCGUUGUUGACGGCGAAUUCACAGUUGUUAUGCUCUGCGCAUGCCUUGCAUCCAUCCAAGUCAAUCGUUGUCUUCUGGGCUUUUACAAAGGCACACAUCAUAGCGCUAGCCAAGCAAGCCCGAGGCAUGUGGAAGCAAUCCCUGGGCAUUAUUGGGGCUAUUUUUGUCCACAAUAGCAACGCCCAAGGCGCAACAAACUAUUAACAGUUAGCAGCAACACGCGC